CAAAGAAUUACCACCACACCACAUUCCCCGCUUCUCCUCGCAGGCAAACAUCCAGGAGCGAGCUGUUUGAUGCAUGCGCUCUCCAUGAUCGUCUGAAUAAAUAUACGUUUAUUUCUCCGUCCAAUCUUUACGAGGAGCACCAGUUUGACCGCGAGGCUGCAUCAAAUCCCCGAUCCUGAUAAAUAGAUGCUCAUUUCCUCACCAUGGCAACAGAAGAUAAGAAACCAGAGACAGACACGAAACCUCCAGUUGUCCCAUCAGCAUCCGCCAGUCAAAGCAAGUCUGCACCUGCCAAGCCAAACUACAGCCUGAAAUUCACAUUAGCAGGCCACACCAAAGCCGUCUCCUCUGUCAAAUUCAGUCCAAGUGGAGAAUGGCUCGCCAGCUCGUCUGCUGAUAAACUAAUCAAAAUCUGGGGAGCAUAUGACGGCAAGUUUGAGAAAACCAUAUCUGGACACAAACUCGGUAUCUCAGACGUGGCCUGGUCCUCUGACUCCAACCUGCUGGUGUCUGCAUCGGAUGACAAAACCCUGAAAAUCUGGGACGUCAGUUCGGGGAAAUGCUUAAAAACUCUAAAAGGUCACAGCAACUACGUGUUCUGCUGCAACUUCAACCCCCAGUCCAAUCUCAUCGUGUCAGGAUCGUUUGAUGAGAGUGUAAGGAUAUGGGACGUGAAGACCGGGAAGUGUUUGAAAACGUUGCCUGCUCAUUCUGACCCCGUCUCAGCUGUUCACUUCAACAGGGACGGCUCCCUGAUCGUGUCCAGUAGCUACGACGGCCUUUGCCGAAUCUGGGACACGGCAUCAGGGCAGUGUUUAAAGACACUCAUAGAUGAUGACAACCCUCCUGUGUCAUUUGUGAAGUUUUCGCCCAACGGGAAAUACAUCCUGGCUGCUACACUGGACAAUACGCUGAAGCUGUGGGACUACAGCAAAGGAAAGUGCUUGAAAACAUACACGGGACACAAAAAUGAGAAGUACUGCAUAUUUGCUAAUUUCUCCGUCACUGGUGGAAAGUGGAUCGUGUCGGGCUCCGAGGACAACAUGGUUUAUAUCUGGAACCUGCAGACGAAGGAGAUCGUGCAGAAACUCCAGGGUCACACAGACGUCGUCAUCUCGACCGCCUGCCACCCGACAGAGAACAUCAUCGCAUCUGCGGCUUUAGAAAAUGACAAAACCAUCAAGCUAUGGAGAAGCGACUGCUAAGCCCUUUUGGAUCUUUUGGGCCAUUCAUAUUUCUUUUUUUUUUCUACAUUUUUUUCUAUGUCUUGUUGUAAGAAAAGAGGACUUUUUUCUAGCAGAGAGCUCCUGCGGGAUGCAGAGGGCUUUCAGGUAAUGAAAUUCAGCAAGGAGAACCAAAUGAGACACAACAGCCACAUACAGUAUCAGCCGAGUCAGUUCAUCUGAAAUAUUCCAUGUGUCUGUAAACGUGCCAGAUUGUGUUGCCUCCACAGAGAAGUUGGAGACUGUUGAUAUACUUUACAACAAUGUUGAUGCUUUGUUCUGGUGCUUGAGUAUUUUUGACACUGCAUUAACUCUGAUGUCGCUGCUUCACUAUUCACUCCCACACGUGCAUUUCUGGUACAAUAAAUGUAACGCUUAUUUUUGGCCUUUGUAUGAUUUUUGCCUUUGAUUUGCCUGCGUAAUAGUGUAGUACUGUUUAAACGAUUCUGAGGUGAAGAGGUGACUUCGACAUUCAGCUUUAGGGAUAAAAAGGACACAUGCGGAUCUUAACAGCUGUUAUUUAUUCAAGUGGCACCACUAAUACUGUUGUUUUUUUUCCUUAAUUUCGAAUGCCACAUUGUAAGUGUGCGCUGUGUGCCAUAACCAGAUAGUUUCAAAAUAUCAGCGUCCUAUAAGGGCAACAAACCAGGAUUUGAAGUUGGGAAGUAUAAUAAUCAAAAUUGCCUCAUGAAAAUGUUACGUAUGAUAUCACGGAUAAGUUUGUCCAGUUGGAAAAUAACCCCUAAAUAUUCUGAAUUUUUUGCAUCCUGUUGGAGAAUUAAAUUGAACCCCCCUUUCUGUUGAAUUUUACCAGUUUACGACAGUGACCAAAUGCAGUUAUUUUGUGCUCUAGGAUUUGUACAUAUUACAUUGACGUGUUGUGAUUUUUUUUAUGGUCUCUUCUGCUCAGUUAGCUCUUACUGUAGUUCUGCACUCACAGCCAGCAGUAUCUGUUCUCUGUAGUUAACCUGGAUUUUUGUGGAAUACAUGUUUGCAUUUGACAGCUAUAACCUGAGACUUAAUAAAACCAGUUUUUGUAUGUUUCA